CAGUAGUAGAGGCUGCUGUAGUUUAAAUUAAUGUCAACCUGCCUCUUCGCCGGGAGAACAAACCUAGCUCAGAUAGCGAAAGUACGGUGCUCAGCGCAACCUGCGAGCCCUUCACAGACAGUAACAUGGCUCGGCGGCCGAGAAACAGUGUUUACAGUAGCGAGGAGGAUGAGGAGGAGACCGAGAUGUACGAACAUGAUUACGACGGAACGCUGGCCAAGGCGGGGAAACGCCACCUUGGCAAAACACGCUGGACACGUGAAGAGGAUGAGAAGUUGAAGAAACUUGUCGAGCAUCACGGAUCAGAAGACUGGAAAGUCAUUGCAAGCUUACUAACUAAUCGUACAGAUGUGCAGUGCCAGCACAGGUGGCAGAAGGUUCUCAACCCAGAGCUCAUCAAAGGGCCAUGGACCAAAGAGGAGGACCAGAGGGUGAUCGAGCUGGUCCAGAAGUAUGGAGCCAAGCGCUGGUCGGUGAUCGCCAAGCACCUGAAGGGGCGCAUCGGCAAGCAGUGCCGCGAGCGCUGGCACAACCACCUCAACCCGGAGGUGAAGAAGACCUCGUGGACCGAGGAGGAGGACCGGAUCAUCUACCAGGCGCACGAGAAGCUGGGAAACCGCUGGGCCGAGAUCGCCAAGCUGCUCCCUGGCAGGACUGACAACGCUAUAAAGAACCACUGGAACUCCACCAUGAGGCGAAAGGUGGAACAGGAGGGCUACCUCCAGAGCACGGCGAAGAACACCAACUCCUCGCUCUCCAUCGGCCACGGCUACGUCAAAACCAGCAACCACAUCAUGGGUUUCCACCACCACUCGCCCAGUCACGCGCAGCUGCCUCCCUUGUCGCCGUACGCCUACAUGUCCGACGCACAAAGAGUACCGCUCCCAGUGGCCUGGCAUUUGAACAUGCGGAACAUUCCCCAGCAUGGAACCGCUGCUAUACAGAGACACUGUACAGAGGAGGACCCAGAGAAGGAGAAGAGGGUGAAGGAGAUCGAACUGCUGCUCAUGUCAACAGAAGAUGAGCUGAGAGGACAGCCAUCACUACCAAUGAAUUUGUCGUUUCCCAGCUGGGUCAGCCAGAGCUCUUUGACCAGCAGCUCAGACGGCGUAAUGUUGUUACCUCAUCACCAGGCAGCCGCCCCUGCCCUACCCGAGGAGAGCGCCUCCGCAACACGUGCCCACAGCAAUAACAACAACAACAACAACAACAACAACAACAACAACAACAGCCAUCACAGCAGUCCCACGUUCUCAAACGCCCUCCCAGAGUUCAUGGAAUGCGUCAUUGAUUCAAGCCUCUCCUCAGUGCAUGAGGCCGCUACUACAAGUGAACUCAGAACAGACAGGGUCUUGCCCAAUCAGGGAGCAUGGGCUGGUUUCAUCUGCUCAACUCCCAAGCCUUCGCCAGUCAGAAACCUUCCCUUUUCACCCUCGCAGUUUCUCAACCAGUCGAUGAGCCCAGAACACUCCGACAACGACAGCUUACCAAUGAGCUCGCCCGUGGACACCAAGCCUCUCAUCGACCACACUAUCAGGCCCCAGAAAGAGAAUGAAAUGUUCAGAACUCCAAACAUCCGUCGUUCCAUCCUGGAGUCUUCCCCUUGUACGCCCACACCCUUCAGGUCUGCCCUGGCCAUGCAGGAGGCCAAGUACGGACCCCUCAAACUACUGAACUCCUCUCUAGAGCAGCAGAUGGUAGAGUCCAUCAAGCAGGAGCCGAUGGAGUGCGCCAUCGAGCAGCCACCUCUGAAGAAGAUAAAACAAGAGGUGGAGUCCGCAUGCGAGAGGAGCCCGUGUAUGCAGUGGGAAGGACAAGACCUUCACACACAGCUCUUCUCCCCAAACGGCCCCGCACAGGAAGUACCUGACCUUCUCACUAGCUCGUUACUGAGCGAAGAUGGACACAAAAUCUACCACCUCCCUCGCAGAGGCAUGGGCAGCCCACUACAGCAGCUCAGCUCCUGGGAGCAGGUGACCUGCGGGAAAACAGAGGAGCACGUUUUGGCGUCGGAGCAGAGCCACAAGUACAUCAACACUUACCCUACGAGGACACUGGUCAUGUAGACACAUGAGACACACGUUGAGCUGGAGAGAUCGACACACCCUGCGCUGGACGCAGCGCCGCGGAUUACAUAUUUGUUGUGGUACAACAGUUGGGAGAGGCUCUAUGCCGAUGGUGUUUUUACACUCACACUUGUUGGAUUUCAACCAACCAAAGACUAAACUUUUUUUUAUACAGAAUUUGCUCUGGGUUCUGUUGUACAUCUCAUUACCUUUGGUUUUGUGUUAUUAUUAAUGAUGUUGUAUUAUAAAUGGGAAACGGUGGCUAUAUAAUUUGCAUUGGGCUGUAUUAUUAAUUCCGAAUUUUGAUAUUAAUAUAAAGAACAAGUUGAUUAAUUUAUUUCUUUUUGUUUUGAUAAUGUUGUUGUUUUCUUUCUUUUUUAUUUUUACAAUUGGCCAAUGGAGCAGUGUUGUUGUAAGUUAAGUAUUUAAGCCCUGUUAGCAUUAUCAUAAACCCAGAAAUCAUGUUAAUGAAUUCAAAACUGACCUCUUUAUUUCAGAAACUUUUCUGUUUUUGUCAUUUUUAUUUUUUACUGGCUACAGUGUGUCUACUGAGAAUUUCACGUGUUUGGUCUGUGCCACCUCAUGUAAACACUUCACGGAG